UUGUUUACAUGGUGAUGGUGGAGGUGAGGUCGUCUGCACCACCAUCACCACCACACUACACUACACCACAACACCACACAGGUCAGUCAGUCACACAAAAAAUGGAAAAUUGCCCCUCCUCUCCAAGCAGCUGUUAUUCUAUAGUCAACAUACAAAACUGUCACAGAGAAAAUGGUAUGACUGGUCUUGUGUCUGCAGGUGAGAUCACCAUGAAGAUUGAGAAUGUUGCAGAGGAGAAUUUUAUUCAAGAAUGCUUAGCAAUCAAUGAACUGGAAAAUGAUGACGAUCUGGCCGACAUAAAGAAGGAUAUUGAAGAAAGCGAUAAAGAUAGUAAUGAUGAAAACAUAGGUGAGGGUUCAAACAAUAGAAGGGGACUGAGAAGAAAAAAGAGCAAAAGACCAAGAAAAAAGUAUGAGAAAAUUCAGCGUCUCACCAGAAUUUAUACUUGUGUUGACUGCCCAGAGACAUUCUCCCGGCUCAGUCAGUUACGAGCUCAUUCAAGGGUGCACACAGAGGAUCAAACAGAGAAAUAUGAGUGUGAUCUUUGUGAAGAAGUGUUUGAUAUGCUGAAACGUCUUAUGUCACAUAGAAAGAAACACCACCGAGCUAGUUUGUCUUGUAAAAUGUGCACAAGCAAAUUUACUCAUUAUGCUAGUUAUCGAAUACACAUGAGAGUUCACAAAGGUGAGAAACCUUAUGUGUGUCAGGAAUGUGGUGCUGCAUUUGUACAAAGUGGUCAUCUUAAUAUUCACAAGAGAACACACACUGGUGAAAAACCUUACACAUGUGAUAUUUGCAACAGUAAUUUUAAGCAAAUUUCACACUUGAAGACUCAUGUUAGAACCCAUACUCAGGUUAAACCGUAUCAGUGUGAUCAGUGCGAUGCUUCGUUUACACAAAAUAGUAGUUUGAAAAGACACCGCCGGUCCCACACUGGUGAAAAACCAUAUAAGUGUGCAUUCUGUGAUAUGACCUUUGUAGUGAAGAGCAAUAUGCAAAGACAUUUAUAUACUCACACAGGUGAGAAACCAUACCAAUGUGACUUAUGCCCAGCCUCUUUUGGCCAGGCAAUUGAUUUAAAAAGGCACAAGAUCAGUCAUACAGGGAUAAAGCCUUUCAAGUGUGAUCAGUGUGAUGCAGCAUUCAGUCGCAAAAAUAAUCUCAAGUGGCACCAAAUGACUCAUAAUGGCAACACUCCAUUUAGAUGUGAUGUCUGUCAGGUUGGAUUUUCUUCUCCUGGUGAUCUCAAAGUCCACAAACGAAUUCAUGCACCACCAAAACCAUUCCGCUGUGAGUCCUGCCCAGCUUCCUUUCAGCAAUUUAGUUCUCUUACUCGUCACAAGAUGAUACAUACAGGUGAGAGGCCUCUUAGAAAAAAGCCAGAAAACAAGCCAGGGUCUUUUAAAGAAACUGGAAUUAAACCAUAUGCCUGUGAGAUUUGUAAUGCAACUUUCUGUGAGAAACGAAAUCUUAAAAGACACAUUAUUUCUAUGCAUGAUGAUGUGAGAAGGUUAGUUGGAAGCCCACUUGCUGAUUCAGAAAUUAAGGAAGAGGGAGCACUGGACAAAUUCAUAAAACUACAGCAACCAGUUCAGAUAAAAAAGAGACCUCCAGAACAAAUCACAUAUACCAUUAACUAUCAAAAUCCUGUGGUUAUCACUCAGCCACAUCAGCAGAUACAGCAUCAACAAGAAGGGCAGCAAGAAAUACAGCAACAAAGUAUUACCCUGCAACAUGUAGUCAUUCAGCAACCUAUCAACACUGAGGAGGUCAUAACAGGAGCUGCCCAAACCAUAACUCAGAUGCCACAGUUGAUGCUUGCUCAAGGCCCUGGGCAGGCUCCAAAGCCUGCUAAACCUGCUAAUAACUGCCAAAAUCAUCAUGCUCAUGUUUUGACCUUUAUAGAAGGAAGUUACAACCAGUGGCAAACUUGGUGUUUUUGUGACCCCCCAAAUCUAUUAGACCAAACUAGUCAAAUCAUUAGCACCGUCCCUACUGCCAAUGCCAUAAUAACAGCGCCACCCUCCACAGUCCUCCCUCCUGAUGCUUCUACAACCGCAGUUACAUCUGCAGUAGCUGUGUCCACUGUUACAAGUUCUCCAUGUGCAACAGUAGAGCAAUUGGAAGGUCAAAUAAUUCCUGCACAAAUACAGGUACAAAUUCCCAUAAAUAGCACACAGUCCACAGUGGUUAGGGAAGAUGUGCUACGGGGAUGGUUGGGUGGCUGGAGUAAGUGUUAAUUGUGUGUAAAGUUUAUGAGUAAUAUUUAAAUGUAUUCUGUUAUAUUGUUAGUGUAGUUUAUCAUAUACUGUAUUGUAUAGGUUCAGUAUUUUUAUUUUCAGAGUUUAAGAUGGCAUUAGAUAACAUUAUUGUUAAUGUGGGACAAGGACCAGGAAUAGAUGCUCUUGUUUUAUGUGUACAUGUGCUUUAUUUAUUUUUUAUUGUGUGAAUUCAAAUUUAGUUAGAUUUAUAUUUCUAUAGUAAAACAAAAACAAAAUGAUGCUUCGGUAUAUAGACAAAAUAGGGCUACCAAAAAAUUUCUAUUAAGGUUUUGUAUCAAGAUUAUGAUGUAAGAUUUGAUAUUAAUCAUGCAAAAUACUUGAGUUACCUUACUAGUGACAAGUAAACAAGAAAGUAAAUAUCUAUUUUAUUUAUAAACAAAUUUCUCAAUUUACAUUCCACCCAAAGUAAAAGUAUUAAUACAUUCCUUGUUAUGGAAUAAUAAUCAUGGCUUGCAAGAACUUGAUGAACUGGAUAUUUUAAUAAUUAAUACCAGAAUUUUAUCAGACACACUGUAUCACUGAUAUUUAGUGUUACAAUUAGCAGCCCUGGCUACAGUGAUUUUAAUUUUGUCAUGCAAUUAUUUUCCUUCUUAAUCUACAUUUUCGUAUGGAGUAAGAUAAUCUGUAAUGGGUUUUUAUUCAUCCAUGAUAGCACUGUUGGUAUGUUCACUUAGUGUUUAUCAGCUCUCAAGGGGAUGGAUAUAGCAAGACAUAUAUUUUGUAAUAUUUUCUUACUCAGAAUUACUGUGUAUGUAAAUGGUUUAUGACAGAAUUGACAUAGUGAUCAUUAUACAGAAGUGUCAAACAGAUGAUAAUAUGAUAGGGUUAAUGUGCUGGUUUCUACUGGUAUGUGUAGUGUUAAGAGACUAGUUUAUGGUACACCUCAAGUGUAAUACAUUUUCCUGGAAUUAUAAUUGAGGUAGGCUUUUGUUUAAACUUUAUUUUAGAAGGGCUUUUGUAGUAGCUGCUUUUUUUUUUUUUUUUUUA